GGCGCCGGCGGCGCAGAGCGCGCUCGGGUGGUCGCGGUGGACAGGUCUAUCUCGCUGCAGACUAGCAUGAGCCAGCGCCAGAGCCAGCGCCGCGGCGGCCCGCGGGCCGACAUGGUGCCCGAGAUUGCCGCCGCCGUGGGCUUCGUCUCCGGCCUCUUGCGGACACGGGGCUGCGUCAGCGAGCAGCAGCUGCGGGUCUUCAGCGGGGCGCUACGGGAGGCGCUCGCAGAGCACUACAAACAUCACUGGUUUCCUGAGAAACCGUUCAAAGGCUCUGGGUAUCGUUGCAUCCGGAUCAAUCACAAAAUGGACCCCAUUAUCAGCAAGGCAGCUAGCCAGAUCGGACUCAGCCUACCACAGCUCUACCAGCUCCUGCCCAGCGAGCUCACGCUCUGGGUGGACCCCUAUGAGGUCUCAUACCGCAUCGGUGAGGAUGGCUCCAUCUGUGUCUUAUAUGAAGCAACUGCAUCGAAACCUGUGAGCUCCUAUGGGAUGCUUACUUGUAAGAACCAGAUGAUGUUAGGUCGCACCAGUCCUUCCAAAAACUACAUCAUGACUGUCUCCAGCUAAAUAUUCCUCUUGUCCUCACACUGCCAAGACACAGGCUACUGUAUACCUCACCUGAGGAUCUAUUUUUAAGAUGAAGAGCUAUUUAUAUUUUUUAAAAAAAUCCAAGAAAAUCCAAAAUUAAAAUAUUGGGCACUGCUUUGAACAGAAGCAGUGUUCUUGGUGCCUUUUUUAAAGCUGUUGCAAGCUUAUGAGUUUUUAUUAUGAAGCCGAUAUCUACCUAAUUAGUGUUGGAUGGCAAUUCUGGGCUGGCUUGCUCGCUUGGGCAGCUUGGAAUGGAGGAUGAGGGGAAGAGCCAGGCUGGGAAGUGUGGCUUGGUGGUGGGAGAUGUCUGUCACCUCCUCACCAUCCUGCUACCCAACACUAUUGCUGUAUUGCAAUACUGUUGGAGAAGGGAUGAGGGAGUUGCUGUCUGUCUUCCACUACCUUCUUUACUCCCCAGCUGGUCUGAUCUCUGGGGCCUGGAUGUGCUGUUUGGGGCAACCUAGUCUCAGGGCUGGGUGAUGCUGGGGGACCCUGGGAUCACUCUCCUUUGCUCUCACACACUUCUUUUGGACCUACUUGUGCUGUGAGAGUUGCAGCUCUGCUCUGCCCUACUCCCAGCACAAAAUGAGGGGAAGCAUGGCCUGUUUCCAGCCCCUCCAUCUUUCCUAUCUGCUGCUGGACUAAAAGGGGGCCACAUGGGUAUCUGUGUCCUGUGAUGUGGAGCAAGGCAGAGAUGUGCUGGGUGUCAGGCUGUGCAGAGAAGGUGCCCCAGAUUAAUAUUGCAGCUCCUGUGGUGGCACGGGAAUACUGUUUGUUCCUGGUGCUCCCCAUACCUGGCUAUUACCCGCUUCUUGCUGCACACAGAGAAGGGUACUCAGACCAUGAAACCAGCACUGAACAGCUGUGAACUACCAAGUCUUUCUGCUAUGUGUGGCUUAAACAUGACCUGUGACCUGCUCUUGUGUGGCCUCUCUGUGCUCCAAGGGUGGAGUCUGGCCUCUUGCUUGCAUAAGCUGCCUAAUGCGGUGCUGAUGACUUGCUGUGUCACUUCUCCAGAAGAGCUGAAGCAACUCACCUUGUGCCGUAGAGGUCGGUGUGUGAGAAUUCCCUUUGCCCUGUCUCUUAAAAUCAGAAGUAUUGGGGGUCUCUUCUCCAUGUGUGUGGGUUGCUUUGGUGUCCUAAUGUUGCUUUUAAGGUCACAGCACUUCUUCCCUCUCUUCCUCCUCUGGGUGAUCAGCAUGUAGCUGUCCCUGAGAGCUGUCUCCACUGAUACCUCGGUAAGGGGCAUUGUUUGGUUCUGUCUUGGUACACAGUUGUUUGGCACAAGUCGUGCCCUGGUUCUCUGUUCUGUCCAAGCAAAACUUCUCUUGGAGUCCCAAUGGUACUUGUAUUUGGGGAGACUUUGCCCGAAUGGUGUUCAGCAUUUGGCCCUUAAAACUGCUCUGGCAAACCACAAAUGGGGUGGGAGCUGAAAGUGCUGCCCCAAGAACUUCGCCUUCCUGUUGGGAAUGAGCCUUUACCAGGGUGUUGUAUGUCCAUUGCCUUCUUACUAACCAGCUGGUGUUCCUCCAGUGAUCCUGGGAGAAGUGAUUGGAAAAGCAGGGCAUUGACAUAGCUGUUUGCAGUGAAACUUUCCCACAUUUGUCUCAGCACACUUUUUUUACCUUCCUCUUUUUCUGACUGGCAUAACCAGAGUAGUUCUUGCCCAGCCUUUGAUGAAUCAAGUUCUCAGACACUUGUGCAAUAUGUUUCCAAAUCUUGGGUGCUCUGGGAGAGGAAGGAAGCUUCCCAUCUGCCACAGUUCUUAGCUUUUUUAAAAGUAUAUUUAAAAAUCAGCACAGCUCCCCAGCUCUUGUCUACUAAUGUGAAAAAGUAAGUUCAGAUUAUUGUAAGCUUCAAAUAAUGAAUUCCAGAACUGGAAAAAUGCCCUCAGUUAUUAGAUCCUUUUAAAAUGGCUAGGUUUUGGCAAGUUGUUUGUCCUUGCACAGUAAUAGCAGACUGGCUCUGAAGUUGCAUCACUUCCCUCUGCAUCACUUGAAUUUCUUAUGUCAGCAAACAGAAGCUGAAAUGAAGCACUGGGGCUUUUCCCUUGGUGAACUUGUGCAAUAGGUGACCUCACCAAGAGGGGAGUACUUGGGAAUUUCCAAAAAGCCUAUUCCCUUUUCAAGGAAAAGGGAUCUGAGUGCUUCUUGGAGUCCUUGAUUAACCUGUUUGUGUGGAAAGCCUGUGAUGAGAACUGCAUCCAGGAUGAGCAGUGUUUGUUUUGCUGGACUCCUUGGCUGGAUGUGGAGUUUCCUGAAGGCUGGUACUUCCUUGAGUUGUAAUUUGUCACGAUCAAAGCAGUCUUAAGAUUUAACACACACACACCUCCUGCUUUUACUCUGUUCCCUCCCUCUUACCAGAAAAUUUUUUCAGGAACAACAGCCUACACCAAAGGAACACACUAUAAUUGCCCUUCACAUGCCCCCACUUCCAGAACCAAAAUAGCCAAGUCUUAUUCUUUUUUUGUCCCUGGUGUGGAGGAGACUAAUGUUAAAGGUGUCUUUUUUUUUUAGCUUCAAAACCAGCCAAACCUGGGUAUAAUCCAUUUCUCUCUCUUAGCUGGUUACAUGUAAAAGCUGUGAAUUAGUGUUCUCUGUUGCCUUCUGUCUAAAAGCCUGAUGAGCGGAAUGGUGUGUAUUUUGAGACAGUGUAUUUGAGGGGUUUCCUGUAAUUUUUUUUAACAAGCUGGACUGUUGAACGGGACCUGCUUUUCGUAUUUGGUGAAAAUGGUAGAAAGUUUGUAAGCUACACUCGGAGGAGGGAGUGGAUGGUUACUAAUUGUAUAGUCUUUUUAUAUACAGAAUGUACAGAUCCUUUGACAGAUGUAUGCUUUUGUUACUUUAAUAAAAAUGUAGCAGAACAAAUGAGCCCUGUUUUCUUGCUGG